GCCACGGCGAAAGCUGCAGCUGUGCGCUCCGAGAUCAGGAUCAUCGAUUUUGGUGCUGCCAAUUAUGGGUUGCUCCAGAAAAUCAAAGCGCUCUCCGACACUAGUUACACGACGAACGCGACAAAAUUGCAAAAGAGAUGAUGCUGUUAGCGACCAAGUACUGAGUCACGUAAGCAGGCACGGUGAUCGCGUGAUGAGUUGCCGCAGGCGCGCACGUUCCGCAGAUUGUUGCAGGUGCCUGGACAUUUUAGCUGCUUUUGGUAGUUGUAGCUGCCUUUGUACUGGAUCCAACACGGAAUCAGAAGGAAGAUCUUUACCUCUCCUGUAUGGAAGUACACAACGCAACAUAGUGUAA